AUGGCGUCGAGGGCAAUUAGCAGUGGCAUUGAGAAGAGGUGGAGAAUGGGCAAAGAGAGAACUGUGAAAUUGAAAGGUUGUGUGAAUUGUGAAAUUCUCACUCUCUCCCUCCUCAAGAACAGCGACGGCGACGGUGACGGCGAGCUCCUCAAGAACGGCGACGUCGACCGCUUGUUCAAGUUUCCAUCAACGAGAUCGAAGGCGCUGCUUGAGCUGUAUAAGAAGUUGAGCGGCUCGAUUAUUGACGACGGCGUGAUCCACAAGGAAGAACUGCAGCAGGCGCUGCUUAGAAAAGCGGUGGGCAAGAAUCUUUUCCUGGACAGGGCUGUUGAUUCAUUUUUCAGGUUAGCUGGAAGUUGUUGGUUUGAAGUUGUGGAUGUUGCAGAUGAUACAUCAAAUGAGGAAGCAAUGGAGAUAAACAUACUUCAGACAAGUAUUGCAAAUCAAAUGGCAAGGGAUUAUAAUAUGCCGGAGAUUUAAUAACUUUAUGUUUCCGAUCUUUGUAAUAUUGUUUUUAAUUAUUGACUUAUUAAAGCCAAUAUUCAAAGUUGAACAAUGGACUACGUUACUUUAUUAUUCAUUUAUGGAUUGUAAUGA